AUGUUGACGCCUACUAAUGAGGAAAGUGACCACCAGCUCCUCUCUCACAACUCUCCUGUAGCUGAGAGCCAAGAUCAGGGAGAAAGUAAGCAUGUAGACCCAGAAUCAACAGGAAAUGAAGAGACGCAACCAAAGCAGAGAUAUCACAAAAACACAAGUCACAAUGACAAUGUAUACAACUCACCCACAUCAAAAAGGCCCUGUAACACUCAGACAGAUAAAAAGUCUUUAAAAUGUGACACUUGUGGAAAGGAUUUUCAGUAUAAGUCCCUGUUGAUUAUACAUCUGAGGACCCACACAGGUGAGAGGCCAUAUUCUUGUGAGACAUGUGGGAAAAGAUUUCGUAAUAAAUCACCAUUGAAAAGGCACAUAAGAAUCCACACAGGAGAGAAACCAUAUUCUUGCAACACCUGCGGGAAAGGUUUUGCAGGUCGUGAUGGCUUGUCGGUCCACAUGAGAACUCACACUGGUGAGAAGCCAUACACCUGCAACACGUGUGGGAAAAGAUUUAGUGACACACCAAUGUUGAAAAAGCACUUGAGAAUCCACACAGGUGAAAAGCCAUUUUCUUGCAAAAUGUGUGGAAAACGUUUCACACGUAGUUAUUGCUUGUUGAUCCACAUAAGAACUCACACAGGUGAGAAACCGUACGCCUGCAACACAUGUGGGAAACGAUUCCAUCAAGUGUCAGGCUUGAAAAGACACAUAAGACUUCAUACUGGAGAGAAACCACAUCACUGCAACACAGGGAUGGAGUGGGAAUAA